AGUAAUGAGGAUUUUUAAAUCAAAGGCUUUUAGUCAUUGAAACUAAUAGUCUACUUGCUAGGAGUGAUUUAUUAUUAGAGCUACUUAGGUUUUUAUCUGAGCUCGUUAAUUUCUUAUGACAGUAUUAGAUAACAUUUAAAAUUUAGUUUUGUAUUGUUCUGUUUUGUACUUUUCUUGUAAGUAAUAAAUAAGGAUGCAAGGAACAAAAAUAAUAAGAUGUGCAAGUCGAUGUGUUCGAAGGGAAUUGUCACUAUCUCAAAGCGGGCGGCGAACGCUGGCCACGGAGGCGGCACAACCAGAAGCGAGCCGGGGCGCGCGCCAGAGCGCUUCGUUCACAUUGAACCUGUUCCGCGGCCAAGUGGAGCCGGCGCAGGUGUUCCCCUUCCCAGAGCCGCUCACCGAGGACCAACGCCAGACUCUGGCCGAGCUAGUGCCACCAGUUGAAAAGUUUUUUGAGGAGGUGAACGACCCGGCAAAGAACGAUGCGGAGGCGCAGAUCGAGGCGAGCACGCUGUCGGGGCUGUGGGAGCUGGGCGCGUUUGGGCUGCAAGUGCCGGUGGAGUUGGGCGGACUGGGACUCAACAACACGCAGUACGCGCGGCUCGUGGAGGUGGUCGGCGCGCACGACCUCGGCGUCGGCAUCACGCUCGGCGCGCACCAGUCCAUCGGCUUCAAGGGCAUCCUGCUGUUCGGCACGGAGGAGCAGCGCGCGCGCUACCUGCCGCGCGUCACCGGCGGGGAGUACGCCGCCUUCUGCCUAACGGAGCCCUCCUCCGGCUCCGACGCUGGCUCCAUCAAGUCGCGCGCGGUGCCGACGCCCGACGGCCAACACUAUAUUCUCAACGGCUCCAAGAUCUGGAUCAGCAACGGUGGCAUCGCGGAGAUCAUGACAGUGUUCGCGCAAACGCCGGUCGAGCGGGAUGGCAAGACCGUCGACAAGGUGACGGCGUUCAUAGUGGAGCGCGGCUUCGGCGGCGUGUCCUCCGGCCCGCCCGAGAACAAGAUGGGCAUCCGCUGCUCCAACACCACCGAGGUGUACUACGAGGACGUGCGCGUGCCCGCCGCCAACGUGCUGGGCGGCGUCGGCAACGGCUUCAAGGUGGCCAUGAACAUCCUCAACAACGGCCGGUUCGGCAUGGCGGCGGCGCUCGCGGGCACCCAGCGCUCCGCCCUGCGCCUCGCCGCGGAGCACGCCGCCACCCGCGAGCAGUUCGGCCGCCGCCUGCGCGACUUCGGCGGCGUCCAGGAGAAGUUGGGGCGCAUGGCGCUGCUGCAGUACGUCACCGAGUCGCUGGCCUACAUGGUGAGCGGCAACAUGGACUGCGGCGCACAAGACUACCACCUCGAGGCCGCCAUCUCCAAGGUGUUCGCGUCUGACUCUGCGUGGGCGGUGGUGGACGAGGCCAUCCAGGUGCUGGGCGGCAUGGGCUUCAUGAAGUCCGCGGGGCUCGAGCGCGUGCUGCGAGACCUGCGCAUCUUCCGCAUCUUCGAGGGCACCAACGACAUCCUGCGGCUCUUCGUCGCGCUGACAGGCAUCCAGUUCGCGGGCUCGCACCUGCAGGAGCUGCAGCGCGCCUUCAAGAACCCCACCGCCAACCUGGGCCUCGUCUUCAGCGAGGCGGGGCGGCGCGCCGGCCGCGCGGUGGGCCUGGCGCCCACCGGCUCGCUGGAGCCCCACGUGGCGCCCGCGCUGGCGCCGGCCGCGCGCGAGCUGGUGCGCGCCGUCGCCCACGUGGGCGCAGUCGUGGAGCUGGCGCUGCGCAAGUACGGGCGGCGAGUCGUGGACGAGCAGCUGCUGCUCAACAGGCUGGCGGCCGCCGCCAUAGACGCCUACACCUCGGCCGCGGUGCUGUCGCGGGCCUCGCGCGCCCACCGCCUGGCGCUGCCCAGCGCCCAGCACGAGAUGGCGAUGGCGGAGGCGUGGGCGGAGGAGGCGACGCAGCGCAUGGGGACGCUGCCGACGGCGCUGGAGGAGCGCGGCGUGCGGCGCGGGGCGCGGGUGUGCGCGCUGGGCCGCGCAGUGAGCGAGGCGCCGGGCUGUCUGGCGCGCUCGCCGCUCAACCUGUGAUGAAGCGGACCGAGGGCGCAUACUACACUCUAUAGCAUAAUUAUACGGAUGCCUUUUAUCUCCUAGGAUAUAUUUAUUUUGGAAAUAUUUUUCGGUAAUUGUAACUAACGCUUUAUUGUUACAUAAUGAUUAAACUAGAAUGUAGUAUGUGUAUGUCCGAGAUGUUUGCAAUAAUAU